AUGGAGGGUUUGCAGCACUCGGUCGAGCCGCUCAACCAGGGAACGGAGGAGGCUGCCCACUGCGAGGCUAAGGAUAGUCACAGUAGUAAUAAGAAUAGCUCCGUGGGAUAUCAAGUCGUCGAUAACCAGGGAUCUGCAUCGCGAUGUAUAUUGUAUACGCGAUGCAGUAUGGACCCCUGGAGGAAUAGGUCAUACAGCAACGUCAACUUCCUACAGCCUGAUGAUCCAACAAGCCAUAAGAAUUUCUGUGGCGAGCCUUCGCUGAUCCACUUCUGGAAGAACGCAGUGGAGAAAAUCCAUUUCCCAGUCCCUGAGGUUCGUCGCAACAUUGUCUGUUCUAGGCGACUGGGAGGACUGGCUCAAGUCAAGCAUGAUUUCCCCGCGCCAUUUUAG